UUUUUUAGUUGAGCAGUGUGUUUCAAUUUGUUUCCUAGUCGUUUCUGGACCAAAUCCGUUUAAAAUUGCUUUCACAAUAUUAAAUUGUUAAGUAAAUAUUUUUUGAGAAGUUUUACAAAUUUGAAUUGAACUGCAGUUCGAAAAUAUUAUUUUGCUGUGGAAUAUAUAAAAUUAUCCGUGAGUCUGUAAAAGUGAAUUAAUAGACAAAAUAUUGAGAGAUAUUGCAUACGUACAUUACAAUAUCACGGCUAAAACAUGGAUUCAUUUAAUGUGCCCAAAAAAGUGAAUAGACAUGUUCUGUUAGCAAUGCAAUUCCUAUUAUCUGGUAAGCCAAGUGGAACUCCGUUGAAAGAUACUGACAUAAUUAGUAGAGUCCGUUAUCAAAUGAGAAGACUACUCCCUGUUCCGCAACUUUCGAUCGUGGUAAUGAAGUCAUUAAAAAACAUGGAAAAGUUGUGUAUUGUGUCUCAAGAACAGGAGAAUUACUAUAUAUACAAUUGUAGUCCCAAAGCCACUUUGACUCAAGCUUUAUCGGGCCCAAGACGUAAGUCGAAAAAGGAUGAUAUAAAUCCAGUACAACAAAGAAAAAUUAUGCGUAAAUUGAAUAAAGGUAGCGAACACAAAGCAGAUGAAAACAAGCAAGUAGCACGUGGUGGAAAGAAGAAGAUACAACCUCCUAAAACACCAAAGCCCGUGUCAAAAAAAUCGUCUUCUGAACUACACUUAAGCGAAGCAUCAAAUAACACCUCAACGGUGGAUUUGGCAGAAUACUUAUCAUCGGAUUGGAUCAAGGACUCUAUUUCUAAUAUUCGAAUGGAGCAUAGUGAGUUUAACUCGUCUGGGUUCUAUCAAGAAAACAUGGAUAAUAUAGAGAAUUCGAUUAUAAUUUCUGAAAAGCGCUUCAAGCGCGGCCAGAAGACAAAGAAAAAUCGCGCUAAAACUGGUCGAAAGAAUAAGAAGAAACUGAAAUCGAGAAAAAUAACACAUGGUCAAGGUAUAGCUUUAGCUUCAUCUGGUGAAUUGGCACAGAUACCAGAUGGUAUUAAGCGCCUGGCAAGUCCUCGUAUUUUAAGGAAAACACCACCUCUCUCAUUGAAAGCAGCAGCUAAUAGCAUUUAUCAUAAAAAGCGUGUUCCAUAUGAAGAGGUAAAACCUGAUUAUAAAAAGAUUGAUUAUGAAAUUCAUGUUCCAGAUGAAGAGGUAGUAAUUUCUGAACAGUCUGAAUCGGCAGGUGCAAGCAAAAUUACGUCUACACUUUCGUCUUUAAAAAUACAAGAGUGUUCAACAAGUGAAUUUCAAAUAACUAGUUCAUUGAUUGUACAUGCAUCUAGUGAAAUGUCAGCUGAAAACCGUUUUAAUGCUGAAUUGUUGAAUAUAAUUAAUCAACCACAUUCUUCAGACAGAAAUGAAGAAGAAAAAAAAGAACAAGGAGCCAAUGGAGCAUUUCCUGGAAAAACAUCAUCACCAUUAAAUGGCAAUGUAGAAAAAUCUAAGGAAAAUGAAUUGAAUAACUCAUUUCCUGAUCAAGAAUAAAAAUGUAAAAUGCAUAAAAAUCAGAACAAAAACAAAAUACAAUGCAGCAAAAUAUUAUAGA